AUGUUGCGUCGAGCAGGGAAUGGGAGAUGGGACUUGUCGAGUAGCCGAGCAGGUCAGUGGGAGGAGGUGGCGCCAGCCGGAGCAGGAGCAGGCGCCGGGAGGACGGACGCCGGUCGGAGCAGGGAAGCGGGGUUCGCCGGGAGUUUGCUUGCCGAAGAGAGGCUGACCUGGGUUCGUCGGGGGUUCGCUGGCCAAAUCAACGACGAACUAGCCAGAUCGACGAGCGGGGAGCGGCUAUGGGGACUGGCGAUGGCGACGGGAAGCGGGGAUGGGGAGUGGUGA